AUGAGCGGUACUGUCCAUCUCUACAGGCAUAAGGUCACCGACGAACCCAUUGCUGUCAAGAUCUUUAAACUCCCUACCGACAUUGAUGGGAUGAACAGACAGAUGGCCUACAUCCUUGAGGAAGCUGACCUCUUAGAGACCUUGGGUCGAAAUGACUGCUUCCCAAGCUACCUGGGAUGUCUCCAGACAAGUCCAGGCUACGUAGGCCUAGCAAUGGAGUUCAUCGGUGACGUGACCAAUGGAGAGUCUUGGACAUUGGAUAGAGGUAUGGACGAGUUAGAUCUGACCAAGAAGCAAUGGCUUAAGCUCGCCCACAACAUCUCCACCUCCUUGGGUCAGAUGCAUGAGAUGGGGUUCCUCAUGAAUGACCUCAAGGACGACAACUGCCUCUUAAGGAAGACCCAGACUGGUCAGUGGGAGGCAGUGAUCAUCGACUUUGGACUCGUCUCUCCAAGGACGAAGCCUUUCUUCUGUCGACUUUCUGAUGACAAGAAAGAAAAGUACAGGAGAAAUGAAAACUUCGUCCACCUCGCUCCUGAGUGCGCCCUUGAUGAUGAGGCCACAACCACCAUGAGCGAUGUAUACCAACUUGGACGACUUCUGAAGUUGAUGGGAGAUGAAGCUGACAUCGCUGAGCUUAACUCCAUUGGUGUCAUGUGUACGCAGACCCCUCCCACUAGUCGACCGACCAUCGAAGAUGUCGUCGACUUGUUGGAGUGUAUGAUGUAA